CGACUGAAUCUUGUCUCAAUCAAUUCAUCGUCGUGAAUUUAUUUAUGCCAUUGAAGUCAUUCCCAAUCAAUCAGAUCCAUUCACUGCAAACUCUUCUCAACUCAACUCGCUCUGAGCUGUAACGCCGCGCCCCCCACCAAUAUCGCCGCCUCGGCGAAGCCGGAUCUGCGAGUCUGCAACAACCGUCGCCGUUGAUAUGACGGAGUUCGUCGAGCUCGAAGCUCAAGAUGCGGUGCGGAUGCCGUGGAACGUCUUGCCCGGGACCAAAUCCGAUGCGGCAAAAUGCGUGGUUCCCGUCUCCGCCAUCUAUACUCCCCUAAAACCCUUCCCCGAUCACCCCGUCCUCCCGUACGCCCCGCUCCGCUGCAGGAACUGCCGAUCGGUGCUCAAUCCGUUCUCCACCGUGGACUACUCCACCACGAAGAUGUGGAUCUGCAGCUUUUGCUUGCAGCGGAAUCAUUUCCCCGCCAAUUACCAGUCCAUCUCCGAAACUAACGUGCCCGCCGAGCUCUUCCCUCAGUACACCACGAUCGAGUACGAAAGCCCCCCAGAAAAGGCCGCCAUGACUAACCCUGUCUUCCUCUUGGUCAUCGACACCUGCCUAAUUGAGGAGGAGAUUGGCUUCUUGAAAUCAUCUCUCUUACAGGUGAUAGGCACAUUGCCGGAGAAUUGCUUGAUUGGAUUGAUAACAUUUGGUUCUUACGUGCAAGUUCAUGAGCUAGGCUUUAGUCUGAUUCCGAAGGUUUAUGUCUUCAAGGGGUCAAAGGAAGUCACUAAAGACCAAAUUAUGGAACAGAUGGGUUUCUUUCUAAAGAAACCAAAACCAACUACUGGGGUCAUUGCAGGGGCCAGAGAUGGGCUUUCACAGGAGAGUAUCUCAAGGUUUUUGUUGCCAGCAGCAGAGUGCGAAUUUACACUCAAUUCGAUAUUGGAAGAGCUUCAAAAAGAUCCUUGGCCUGUGCCUUCAGAUCAACGAGCAGCUCGGUGCACUGGUACUGCUUUGAGUGUGGCUGCCCACUUGUUGGGAGUAUGUGUUCCUGGCUCUGGGGCCAGAAUCAUGGCAUUUCUAGGUGGGCCCUCAACAGAAGGGCCAGGUGCUAUUGUUUCGAAACUCUUGUCUGAACCUAUUCGGUCCCACAAGGAUCUGGACAAAGAUUCUGCUCCAUUUUAUCACAAAGCAGUAAAAUUCUAUGAAACACUUUCGAAGCAGCUUGUACAUCAAGGACAUGUACUUGAUGUUUUUGCUGGUGCACUGGAUCAGGUUGGACUUUCUGAACUUAAAGUAACAAUUGAAAAGACUGGAGGGCUUGUUGUUUUGGCGGAAAGUUUUGGCCAUAAAGUUUUCAAAAAUUCAUUAAGAAAAGUGUUCCAGCCUGGAGAAAACGAUCUUGGACUAUCCUCAAAUGGUAUUUUUGAGAUAAACUGCUCAAAGGAUAUCAAAGUUCAUGGAGUUAUCGGUCCAUGUGCAUCACUCGAGAAGAAAGGUCCUCUCUGUUCUGAAACUACUAUUGGCCAGGGAAAUACAACAGCGUGGAAGAUGUGUGGUCUUGACAAAACUACUUCCUUAUGUUUAUUAUUUGAAAUCAGCAAGAAGGAGAAUCCGGAUGCUAUUGCUCAAUCUGCAAACACGCAGUUCUUUUUCCAGUUCCUGACUUAUUAUCAGCAUAGAAAUGGACUGAUGAGGCUUCGUGUUACUUCCCUCUCAAGAAGAUGGGUUUCUGGACCUGGAAGCAUACAGGAACUAAUUGCGGGAUUUGAUCAAGAGACUGCUGCUGUAGUAAUGGCUCGUCAAGUUUCAUUCAAAAUGGAAACUGAGGCGGAAUUUGACCCUAUACGAUGGCUGGAUAAGUCAUUGAUACAUAUGUGCUCCCGAUUUGGUGACUACCAAAAAGACAGUCCUUCAUCUUUUAGUCUCUCUCCUCGUUUCUCAAUAUUCCCACAGUUCCUUUUUCACCUACGGCGUUCUCAAUUUGUACAGGUCUUCGGGAACAGCCCAGAUGAGACAGCUUUUUUUAGAAUGAUUUUGAACAGGGAGAAUGUUUCAAAUUCUGUUGUGAUGAUUCAGCCGUCUUUGAUCUCCUACUCUUUUCACUCUGGGCCCGAACCUGUUCUUCUUGAUGUGGGUGCAAUUGCCGCUGACAGAAUUCUUCUUUUGGACUCCUACUUUACCAUUGUUGUGUUUCAUGGAUCAACCAUUGCUGAAUGGCGAAAAGCUGGAUACCAUGAACAGCCAGAACAUCAGGGAUUCGCUCACUUGUUGAAAGCUCCACGGGAUGAUGCAGAUUCAAUUAUCCGGGAAAGAUUCCCCGUGCCUCGCCUGGUCAUUUGUGAUCAACAUAAAUCCCAGGCCAGGUUUUUGCUUGCGAAGUUGAAUCCUUCGGCGACGUACAACUCAGAAAACCCGCCGGUUCCUGGAGGGGAUAUCAUAUUCACUGAUGAUGUUAGUUUUGAAGUCUUUUUGGAUCAUCUCCAGCGUUUGGCUGUUCAAUAGAAUAGGAUUCAUUUUUUUUUGUCCUCUGCAUAUUCUUCCUUCAAAGAGUUUGGUGGCAAUUUGUAGUUUUUUUUUAAUACGGAGUAUUAUGUUACACAGCAAAGAUUUUGUAAAAGUUUCUUUGAAUUGAGUGUACAGUAAUGCAUAAGACCUUU